AUGAACGACGAUACUAAAGCCCGUGGUGCGCUCCAAAAGGCCCAAGAGCUCGCGGCUAAGAAGGACUACGCGAGUGCCAUUGAUGUUCUUCUGUUCCUUCCAGGAGGGAGCUUUAACCCCAUAUAUGCGCAAUGCCUUGAUCUCUUGGUAGAGUUGUGCUUAUGUCAAGGUGGUGGGAAGUACAUCCAGCGUCUUGAUUUAAUAAAAGCGCGCAAUCGUCUUCGCGGGAGUCAACAGCUGGAAGAGAGUGCUCUGAAGUUGGUCAAUAUAAUCAUUAAACAUUUCACCACAAUGUGCCAAGUCGCUGAAAGUACCAUGGCUUCCAUCAUCGCGCAGCCCUCUGAAGACGACAUCAUUAUGCAGGAAAUCUCUUUUAUUUCCAUCAAGCAGCGGGUGACGAAACAGUACCAGCUGCCAUGCCAGCUGGCGGCCGAGCAGAUUGCCAAGGACUUAUUCCGAAAUGGCGUUAUUGGCACCUCAAAGAAAGUCUUCAGCCUAUUCUGCGAAACUGCCAUCAAAUUUUCUAACAUAUGUCAUGCGCAAAAUUUAACAAAGGCAAUUGAAACAAUGUCCAGUCUCAUCACGUCAACCCUUCAUAACUUAAUCAUUAAGCCUCUUACUUCCGUGACUACCUUCCAAGAGCGCACCACUCAGACAGACCGCAAAGACUUUUUCAAGUCUGAAACAAGCGGCGGCGAGGUUGUGCGUGUUCUUUGCCACUUGUUAGACUUGCUAACUCAGCAGGGCAGCUGGACGCACACCUGGAUUGUGAUGAACUGUCUCAAGCAGGUUAGUGAUGAGCUUUACGACCAGAAGGGUGCUAAGGACUUAAAGAUGAUCGCAUACAAGAAGAUGGCGGAUAUCUUCUGGGAAUGUGGGAUUUACAAUUACCACGCCCACUGCCUCGCGAUUGCCGCCGCACAGGAGGAAGAGGGGCACAGGACCCUUGCCACGCGUGCCGUGCUUGCCGUGCUAGCAAGUAAGAGUCAGGUCGAAGAGGAGAACCCCUUUUCCGUACGUAAUGAACACCAAGUGCAUCCAGACAUUGUUGAGGCGUUCGAGGACCCCAAUAUUACCAAAGCAGCCCUUCUUGCGCGCCUAAAGCUUGAUAAUGUACUUGCAUCAGCUGAUCCUGACGCGUUACUCCUCGUGAAGGCGAUUGAGGGAACUGAGCAAUCCCAUGCCGUGUCGAUUGAUUUCAGGACGCUUUACGAAAGAUUGUCAUGCUUGAUCCAAAAGGAACCACGCUCCCUGCAGAUGUACGAGAAGCGGAUCCAGCUGAACUUGAUGUAUCUUCAGAUGAGCAUUCUUUCGGCAAACCACAAUCGCAUUCAGGUGCAGACGUCCUUCGUCCUGAACAGUGACGGGAGAGAGAUUACCGACUCGGAGUACGUUAACGUGUGGGAGCCAGCUAUUCUUAAAAAUAGCAGCGUGCCAGUGGAAAUCGAUAGCAUGUCGAAAACGAUUUACUUUCGGAACUCCACCAUGUCGAAGCUGCUACGGGCCUUUACGGCAAUCGCGAACGAAGUGGAUCCUGUCAUGUCCGUCAAGAACGACACCACAGUCCUGGGAUCCAUUGGCGCGGAGGAUUUGCUUGCCGCGCAGAAACACUCUCAGCUUUUGAACUCGUUGCAAAUGGCCUGUAGCGAGGGUGUGCAAAAACGUACGAACGAGCGGGCCCAAAAGCUCGAGAAGGAUCGGGUACAAAAGAUUAAUCUCAUUGCGAUGAAGGAGAAAAUCAAGUGUGAAAACGCAAUUAAGCUCAAGAUCGCAAAACUGUACGCUGAAUAUCGCGAACGUCAGCGACAAGAACGAAACAAGCUGGUUGUUGCCAAGCUGCGUCUCAAGUACCCCGGCUUCAAAGUGGACAAUGCCAUCUGCCUGAAGAGCGCGGGCGCGUUCGAAGACGAACUAACGCAGCUGUUGGCCGCAUUCAAGCGGAGAAUCUCGGAGGGUGACCGGAAGGAUGUGCUAAAGGUGAAUCUUGUCGAAAGAGCCCUACGACAGCUUGAAAUACCUAAGCUCAAGGAGCAGCAAGAGGCGAACGCUGAGCAACUCCGAGCCGAAGCUGAGGCCGCCAAGGCUAACAUUCUCGCACAGCAUCGGAAGGAAUUCGAGCGUCGCCAAGAGGAGAAGAGGGUCCUAAAGAAGUUCCUGCCGGAUGCUAAGGCGUUCGAGGAGGAAUGGCUGCGCAAUGUCUCACAGGGCAAGACAUCGAAGUGGGAAGAACAACAGAACCUAUUGGAACAAGAAAUGCAGCGGCUCGCUUCGCAACCGGUCUAG